AUUUGUCAGCGAUGUUUUCUUUUCUUCAUCCAUCCACGUACAAGCUCAAUGAUGAAUUUAAUGAUUAUGUUGUGCAAAGGCUGAAAGACGGAGUUCUUCGCAUGAACUUUUUGCCUUUUAACUACAAUUUGCAUUGGAUAUUGAUUGUGUUUUGGGAGUCAGAAAUUUUCAUCCUUAAUCCAUUGCCUCAUUAUCCACAUCCCCAGGACCUUGAAAAGGCUUUAAUGCGAGCAGUGAGAUCUUUUAAUGCCCAGGAAGGACGGGUAAACAAGAAUCCCAAAGUUAAAAACGUUCUAGGCUGCCCUAAACAACCAGGCGGUACAGAAUGUGGAUAUGUGGUCAUGCGUUAUAUGAAAGAUUUAGUUGCGGACGAGGAGAUGAAGCUGCUAGACAAGUGGGCUUUAAAGAGUCGCAAGACUUAUACAAGGGAGGAGCUUGACGUCGUUCGCUAUGAGACGCUUGAUUAUAUCCAAUCCAUCAUGUAGCUGCUGGUGACCGGUAGUACUUGUCUUGCAAUCUAAAAACAGCUCUAUAUAUUUCGCUUGAAUGUUUUCGGAUAUCGUAGCUAGCUAGCUAGUACAGUUAGAACUUAAAAAUCAUGGAUGAAUUAAUGUCAAGUAGUAGUAGUAGUUGAUGUUUGAUGGUUUAGUAUACUGUUGGGAUAUAUUGGUGUUAUUGAUUUUUGGAUGCUAUGGUGGAUGUUAAUUUGGAUGCUGGUGGAUGUUUGGAUGUGUAGUAGAAGUUGGUUAGGAGAAUGACAAUUGGUAUAUAUAUUUGGAGAUUGUUUGGAUGUUAA